AUAUGACCCAUUGGUACUCCAAACGCCACCUCACGGGAGGCAACCCAAAAUCUCGCUCCACAUUAGACCUGCCUGAUUGGAGGAUGAGGGAGCGACUACGGACAGUCACCGCCGCACUGGUCAUGUGUCUCAACAUCGGCGUCGACCCUCCUGAUGUAUCCAAGACGAACCCGUGCUCAAAGCUCAUCUGCUGGAUGGACCCAUCUAGCUUGGAAGUGUCCAAAGCUCUGCCAGCUAUCGGGAAGAAUCUGCAAGCCCAGUUCGAGACACUGAGCAUGAAGACGAGGUACAAGCAAUACCUCGAUCCCAUUGUAGAGGAGACGAAGCGCUUCUGUACUGCUUUGCGUCGGACGGCGAAAGACGAGAGGGUGCUCUUCUACUACAAUGGAUAUGGAGUACCCAAGCCCACCCCUGGCGGAGAGAUUUGGGUCUUCAACAAGGCAUACACGCAGUACAUUCCCGUUACGCUGUACGACCUGCAAGCUUGGCUGGGCAACCCAUGCAUCUUCGUCUGGGAUGCCAGUGCUGCGGGAAAUGUAGUCGUCAACUUCAAAAAGCUCGCCGAUCGGAGAGCGGAAGAGGAGGCAAAGGCGGGAGGAGGUGGAAGAGAUAGGGACAAGGAGCAGAGCGAGACGCACUUCCCGCUACGGGAAAGCAUACAUCUGGCAGCUUGCGCUCCUGACGAGAUCCUACCGAUGAACCCAGAGCUGCCAGCCGACCUUUUCACCUGCUGCCUUACCUCGCCCAUCGAGAUCUCGUUGCGGUGGUUCGUAUUGCAGAACCCUCUGCCAUCGAAGCUCAAUGUCGACAUGGUCAUGAACAUCCCUGGCAGGCUGCAAGAUCGCCGGACACCUCUAGGCGAGCUGAAUUGGAUCUUCACAGCUAUCACGGAUACCAUUGCCUGGACAGUCCUUCCUCGGGCUAUCUUCCGAAGGCUCUUCCGAGACGACUUGAUGGUCGCCGCUCUCCUGCGCAAUUUCCUGCUAGCAGAGAGGAUCAUGCGCUUCUACCACUGCACGCCGAUGAGCCACCCGCAGUUACCGGCUACCCACAACCACCCCCUCUGGAGCAGUUGGGACCUUGCUGUCGAUCAGUGCCUCGCGCAGCUACCGACACUUCUCGAGAAGGAGAAGGCUCAGAGGAUAGCAGAUGAAGGGGGACCACCCAUGGAUCUCAAGCUCGCGGCGUUCGAGUAUCGUCACAGUACUUUCUUCAGUGAGCAGCUGAAGGCUUUCGAAGUCUGGCUUGGCCAAGGGGGUGUCAGCAGGCAAGGAAGGCGCAGAAGGGUUGACGCCUUCCGAGGGAUACGCGAUGAUCUCGUAGACGCAGCAGGAGAUGGGCUCAACGACGAAGACAGUACGCGUCAUGUCCUGGAUCCUCCCGAUCAGCUGCCGAUCGUCCUGCAAGUUCUUCUGAGUCAAGUGCAUCGUCUGCGGGCUCUCAUCCUUCUGAGCCAGUUCCUCGACCUGGGACCACGUGCCGUCAAUCUUGCGCUCAGCAUCGGAAUCUUCCCUUAUGUCCUCAAGCUACUGCAGUCCCCAGCUGUCGAUCUCAAGCCUGUGUUGAUCUACAUUUGGGCUCGUAUCCUGGCGGUGGAUCGAUCUUGUCAAAACGAUCUGCUGAGGGACAAUGGCUUCAUCUACUUUGUUGGCGUCCUCAGUCCCUUCCAACAACCUCAGGCCGGAGGACAGGGUGGGCAGGGGGGCCAGACCUCACUGCCCAUUCCGAACGUCAGCGAGCACAGAGCCAUGUGCGCCUUCAUCCUUUCGGUCUUCUGUCAAGACUUCCCAGCUGGCCAGCAGGCAUGUCUGCAGCAGACAGAUGCAAUGGACUCCUGCCUGGAACACCUCGAAGAUGAUGAUUUCCUCCUGAGACAAUGGAGCGCACUGUGUUUGGCGCAGCUCUGGGAUGGAAGCGAUGAGGGCAAAGCGCUGGGGAUCAAGAAGGAUGCUCAUGGCAAACUCUGCUAUAUGCUCGGCGAUGUCAGUCCUGAAGUUAGAGCGGCCGUUUUGUAUGCUCUGGGUACUCUACUUGGAGCAAGCGGCAGCAGCGUGGAUCCUUUUGAUCCUGUCUCUUCGAUGGGCACCACUGCCGCCUCGAGCUCUAGCUCAAAUAGACCCGGUGGCAGCGGUGGACCGAGGCAGAGGUGUCUGGGCACCGGCUCGGCUCUCCACCUUGAAGAGUCUGCGCAGCGCAGCCUCGAGCUCGGUAUCGCCAUUGCGAUGCUCUCUGCACGUGGUGACUCUUCUCCAAUGGUCCGCAAGGAAGUCGUCGUAGCCCUGAGCGCAGUUGUGAGGGAGUACAAGGGCUUCUUUGUCCUCGCCGCAUAUCUCUAUUUCGAUGCAGAAGAGCGCGAAGUGCGCAGAGGCAAGAAGCAGCCUACUGCAAACGGUCCCGACUCUGCAAAGGGUGGCUCAAGCAUGCGAGGUCUCGAUGUUGUGGAAGAGGGUGUUGGCGAGGAAGAGACAGGAGACGAUCCUACGCUCUCAAGAGUGCUGAGCAAGCUCGCUCUCGAGGAGGGACUGACUGAGGAAGACAUCGGCAAUGUGCCAGCGUUCUCCACUCUGUUUGCCUCCCUGCUUGACCUAGCUGCCGACAGUCACGUCGAAGUAGCAUCGAUGGCAAAGACUGUCGUCGACUACAUUCUGGCCCUUCUGCUCGAAAGCGACGUUGCUCGCUCAGGCGAAAGUGCAGUCAACAGAUUCGCUGGUUUGUCAUUGGGCGCGCACGAUGCCUCCUUGAACCGCAUCGUCUUGCCCACUGUCGUGAGCAACGGCGACAACGAUGGCUACUUUGCAUUUGCACCUCCUUCCCCUACUGCCUACGGCAUGCCCUCGGCGUCUGAGGGGUUGGUCAGCCCUCACGGCACCACCUUCGGCGAUGUCGAUGCGUCCGGCUCCUCAGGAAGCAAUGGUGCAAGUAACCGUCAAUUGCCAUAUCAACCUAAGAGAGCGCCAUCAUUUGCACAGACGGUCAAGACCAUUGCUACCCUUGGAUAUUCUCGCCCCUCUAGCCCCAUUCCUUCGCCUGACCCCGGCUCGCCCGCCGAGGGUGGUCCUACAGCCGGCAAUGGGACUCCAGAGAGGGAGGACAGUCGUCGAGGUUCCGUCUUCGAUGUGCGGGUAGCGGAUGCCCUCGCAGCGCUGAUCUCAGUCGACCUCCAGCGCUUCCGGAAUCGAGCUUCUCUAGCCGCGGAUCCAUCCUUAGGCAGCUCCUCCGCUGGCAGCACUCCAAUGACAAGCCCGAACAAUGGUCGGUCUGCGAUGAAGGUCCUCCUCACUGAUCCUGGUCUGGGCAAUGACGACAUUCGAGACACAUUGCCCCUCAAGAGCCGGCUGUUCAGCUGGUGCAGCGAGUACUAUCGCGAGCCCCAGAUGAAGCCUGCAGAGGCCGAGGAGCCGGGUAGUGUCAAAUACAAUGUCCAGACGUGGAAGAGGCAACGCAAUGAGCGCAUCUUGAGCGACUCACAGGCGCAAGCUGAGCCUGCUUCGAAGAAUGCGUGGUCCAAGCCGGUCUCGACGAUGAGGAAUGGAGCGCCGCCUUAUCAGAUGGUGAUGCAUCAAUUCGAGAAUCACCUCGUGACUGCAAGCGAGCGGGAUGUCGUGUCUGUCUGGGACUGGGAAAAAGCUCGACUGUUGAGUAGGUUCCACAAUGGCAACCCGUUGGGCACCAACAUCACAUCGACACUCUUCAUCAAUGAAGAGGCCGAUGGGUUGCUCCUCGUGGGAUCUGCAGAGGGUGACGUGCGCAUCUAUCGAGACUACGAUCGUCCUACUUGGAUCCCUGACACUCGCGGACCAGAGUUGAUCAGCUCCUUCCGUGCUCUGCCUGAUCUGGUGCGGAGUCACUUCCCCAGUGGUCUUGUAGCAGACUGGCAGCAAGUCACUGGCCACCUCUUGGCCGGUGGUGACAGUCGUGUCAUUCGAGUUUGGGACGCUCAUCGCGAGCUGUGCGUCUGCGAUAUCCCUACUCGGGUGUCGAGUUGCGUCACUUCCAUCUCUUCCGAGGCGGACAUUGGACACAUCUUUGUCGCUGGUUUUGGUGAUGGAACAGUGGGAGUCUACGAUCGUCGUAAUCCACCCGAGGCCAGUCUUGUCCGGCUCUGGACCGAGCAUCGCACUUGGGUCCACAAGGUUCACCUGCAAAAGCAUAGCAACCGCGAGCUUGUCUCAGCGAGCGAUGACUCAGAAGUCCGCCUGUGGGAUAUCAGAGGACGCUCCUCUAUCUCAAAGGCGAAUCUAGGAGGUCAACUCAGAGGCAAGCUCUCCUCAUUCGCAGUCCACGAGCGGGCCCAGGUCUUUGCUGCUGCCUCUACACCACGACAGACGAGGAACGGCCCUUCAACAUGGAACGGCUCUACACCUCAGACGAUUCACCACGCCUCUUUCACCGAGCCCUCCAAGCCUCUAGGCGGCAGUGCUCCCAUCCAGCAUCACCAGGGUUCCCACUCCCACUCCCAUGCCCAUGCUCAUGCACAUCAGCAACAUCAUCAUGCCCACUCGCAGCUGGCGCAGGGUGGAGCAAGAGGCCAGCAGAGCGCUCUACUCCCACCGGCUAUGCUCGACCAACCCCUCUCCUGCUUCACACCUGCAAUGGCGUCCAUUGCCUUCCACCCUCACUGGCCGCUUAUGGCUUAUUCAGGGCCGGACCUCGCAGGCACAAUCGAGGUCAAGAAGUUCGGGGGUGUAGGCACUGCUGGUGCGGGUGCAGGUGCGGGGGAUAGUGAAGCUAGAGGAAAUGGACAUGGCAGUGGCAGUGCUGGCAGGUCUGACACGGCGAGUUGGGGAGAUGGAUAUACCGUCGUCGAAGGAAUGACGGCCUUGCCUUCUUACGAAUCGAGGAGUAGCACGUUCAGAGAGGGAGGCGAAAGGGAGGGUUCAGGGAAGCGGAGGAGCUUCUUGGGCAUCUGA